CUCGUCGAGACAUCCAAGUACUCGCGUCCCCAGCCUAGCAGAAAUCCGAACGCCGGAUAAAAACUAAAAUCGAUUUUUCAAUUCUUAAAUAUCCCCUAAAAGCAUAAAUAAUUAGAGAAAUCAAUCGGUCAAUCAAUUAACAGUUGAAAUCGAGUAGAGUCGGUCGGGUUCGUCCAUAACCUACGUUUCACACAUUGGAGAACUUUCUUUGUUCAUCACAAGAAAAACCAGAGAAUCAAGGCUGUGUGGAUAGCCGCAUAAGUUAAAACACGAUUUACAAAUAACUAGAACUGUUAUCGAAAGAUUAUUAUCUACAUUUUGGAUUCCUUUGACUCCGUAUUCUAUUUAUUCAUUUCUAUUGAUCAAUAAAAUCGAAGGAGCUGAUUAUUUUAUUGGUGAGUGUUGGAAAAUGGAGACCAACGGGGUUCAUGGCUGCAUGCAUUAUAGGAGGAAAUCGAAAUUUGUGGCACCCUGCUGCAAAAAAGUGUAUACAUGCAGGUUGUGUCAUGAUGAAAAAGAAACUCACACUUUGAAUCGCACAGCGAUUACUGAGGUAAUCUGCGUAAUUUGUGACAGGCGUCAGCCUAUCCGCGCUGAUUGCCGCUAUUGCUACGCUCGAUUUGGCUGGUACACUUGCCUGAAGUGUAAUUUUUUCGAAGAUGAGGAUAGAGGGCAGUUUCACUGCGAUGGAUGUGGAAUCUGCAGGGUCGGGGGUUGGAGCCUAUUUUUCCACUGCGCCAAGUGCAACUUGUGCCUUCCCCGUCAAAUACAAGAAAUUCACAAGUGCGUGGAAAAUGUCUCCCAUGACAAUUGUCCAGUGUGUCUUGAAGACUUGCACACAAGUCGUUCACCAUGUCACAUCCCUAGCUGUGGACAUUUGCUUCAUCGUCCCUGUUACGACAAGCUCAUCGCAUCCGGGAUGACAGCCUGUCCUAUAUGUCAAGAGACAUUGGAUGAUGUGACUAAAAAAGUCGAUAAUUUUGGACGAUUGAAAUGCUAAGAUGAAUUAUUCCCACAGAAAAGGAUAAGUGUAGAUUAAACCUGGCUUCUUUUAGGGUGUUUUACACUUUCUCAUCUGGCAGAUAAAAUAGUCUACUUUUUGGUGGAUGCACACUGCAAAAGGAUAGAUCAUCCCCAGACAAGGUUAAAAUCAUACUUUUUAUAAUUUGAGAUCGGUACAAAAUUAAUGCAGAAUCUUCUAGGCAAUUGUAUAACAAGCUUUUUAAUUUUCAAAUCAUUAAUAAUGCAUUCUACCAGAUCCUAAAAAAUUCUAGAGCCUUCUAGACAUUUGUAGAAGCUUUUCGAUUAAUUCUAUAGUUUAAAAAGCCAAUAUUUUUGAAUAUCCUGUGAUUUAUCGUGAAAAAGUCUAUUUCCAAAUUUAAAAAAUUGACUGUAAAAUGAGGCCGUCCAAAAGCAUUCUAAUAACCCUAAUAAUACGGGUCAAUUCCCACAGUAAUUAUAAAUCAAUCCAACAUAUGGUUAUUUUAUCUCUCAGCAUUUGUUUGCCUUAUUGAGCACAAAACCGGUCGGUUUAUACAGCUAAUUAUCUCCGCUAAUUGUCUGACAAGCUCUUCAAUUUUCAUACAUUCUAAUAACUCAUUCUACCAUAUUGCAAAAAAUUCUACAGCCUCCUCGACAUUUGCAGAAGCUUCUCGACUAAUUCCAUAGCUUACAAAGCCAAUAUUUUAGAAGAUUCUAGCAUUUAUCGUGCAAAAGUCUAUUUCAGUAUUUUUUAAAUUUGUCUGUCAUGAGGCGAAACAAAAACAUCCUGAUACCUCUAAUAAUACGGGAUAAUUAGGGUUAUUUCAUCUUGAAACAUUUUUCUUAUACCGCUAUUAUCUCCAAAAUGGAAUACCCUUGAGAAGAGAUGAAAUAUACUAGGCAAGGUUUAAUCUACACUUAUCGUUUUUUGCGCGUUGAGUUAAUUUCGAUGAAUGCUCAGCAAUUUUUCUAUUAUACUUUUCCAAAUGAUUGGAAGAAAUUCAUGUUUAUUGAUCGCUGUUUUAUUCGUAUAUCAACGAAUUUAUAACAGUGAGUCAAUUGAGGUAUUAGAUACUCGAAUUUCGCCAUUUCUCAGUGUUAUAUUAUGCAGCGAGAAUAUGAAAAUCCAGGAGAUUUUCGAAUACUUCAAUGCAAAUUCAAUUAUUAAUUGCAUCAUGCAAAUAUCAUACAGAAUAUUUUAUUACUAAUUAUAAAUAAAUAAAAUAUUCGAGUGUUUUAUCGUACAUCAAGUAGGGUGAAUUAUGCAGUGAACAAUAUAACAGAAUAUUUCAUGGAACCCUAUUAAAUUGAUGCACAAUUUUUUUUUUAAGGCGUAAAACGUUAUAUUGAAUUGGAUCAAUAAUUUAUAGGGUUUGAAAACUUGAUGAUGCCCUAUAUGACAAGAUAACAGACUCCCUUGCAUGUAUUGAAUAUUAGAGUGGCUCUCCUGCUCAUAAUUAUUACUUUGUUAAAAACAAACUACUUCAGUCACUUCAUCACUAGAUUAUACAGUGAAGUUUUUCUGUCCUUAAAAAUCAACAAUUAAGGAACAAGAGCAAUUCAAAAGGCCACACAGACACAAGGGAUCUGUUACCUUUCACGUGGUUUCAUCUGUGAAAAAGAAUGAUGACAUUUACUUAAAAUUCCUAAAAAGCGUUCGUUGUAGUUGUUAGACGGUUUAUAAUUGUUUCUGCGUUACUGAUCUUUUUUUAUUUUUAUUUUAUAUUCACUUUUUCUAUUAUGGAAAUGAAGAUCUUUUUCAGUUGGCAUAGAACUAUAUUAGCAACAUAGAUGGUAACGCAGUUUUGUGUUCUAAUAAAGAUUUGUGAGAUUGUGGAGUGGAGUUUAUGGAAUUUCCGUAAUAGCACAAGUAUAAGAAGUGUCUUUAAUUUUUUAUAAUUUAGAUAAAUUCACACAAUCUUAAUAUCAUUAUUAACAUUCUAUUUAAAUUCACAAUUAAUGUCAUCAUUCACCUUUCUCAAACGGAUUAUCUUAAGCAUGUUAUAUAAUAUAGAACAAUAUAUUACAAUCUAAUUUCCUCCAAAAUUAAAAUUCGAUCAUAUCUCGCGUUUUUGUGUGCCAAAAACUUUGGCCAAAUUUGGUGGGGAAACCCCAAGGGCAACCUCAGGGCAGCCUCAGGGGCAAGUUUUUUAAAACUAGAUUUAUAUAACAUUAACAAAUGAGCUGAGACAGUUUAAAGUAAUUUUUUUUUAUGUGAAAAUCGAAUUUCCCCAUGAGAGGCCUUCAUUUUCAAAUACAUCUAUAAUCUAGUUUUAUAUUUAAUCUGUAGUUGUAUGGAUUCAAGAAGUGAAGACUUCAAGCCUCAUUUUUUUUUAUUUUCUUUAUAUUUUCAGCAUUUCAUUAUACUAUUUUCGCCGAAGCUCUUUAUUUUCAAAUGAAAAUAUCUUUUUUUUUGUUCAUUAGAAUUACGGCGAUGUUGCUAAUGAGAUUGAGAAGUUUCCAUCUAUUUUUAUGUACUUCAAUACAAUG